AUGCAACUAGCGUACCGCACCGUUACCGUAGCUCCUGCUUUUUGGGAAACGAACUCGUUUCCAACUUGCAGCGCAUUCGCCGCCCCGCAGCGUCGCGUCUUGCUGCUGCGUGUGUUCUCUCCUGCAUUCCCAUCAAGGAGGAACACCAAAGUGAAUGGUAAUCCGGCCUCUGUUCAUCCCGACCGUCUGCCCGUUUUCGCGCGCCGAGGUUGCUCGCCCCGGACCUGA